CUUCUCACUCUCUCACCGCUAAAACGAACACACACACCAAACUCUCUUUUCUAACAUGGCUUGCACCUCCGGCGAGUCGUCCACGGCGGAACAACGCAGCGGAGCUGCCACAAUUUCCGCCCUCCAUCCCGACGUGAUCGAGUCCCACAUACUCACGCGCCUCGACGGAGCCUCGCUUGGCUCUGCCGCUGCAACAUGCUCACAACUCCACGCGCUCUCCUCCAGCGACCACCUAUGGUCACGCGCCUGCCGCUCCAUGUGGCCGUCCAGUAACUCGCCACGUGUCAGUCAAGUCAUUUCCACGUUCCCCAACGCUUCCCGCUCUUUCUUCUCCGACUCCUUCACCGCUUCUCGUCCUCCCGUAACCGCUAUAACUAAUUCCUCCAACGGCUUCACGAAAAUCCAGGAAGCAGUAACAACGGAAAUAAUCUCAUCCGUUGAUCUCUUCUACGGUGAAGAUCUCAUGUUAUCGAAAGUUAUCGAAACCGAAACCGAGACUGGUUGGUUCCUGUGCUCGCCGUUCCGCGUUGACCUCUUGGACCCGAAGGAGGCGGUUAGAACUGAGGUUAGCUAUCGUGAUGACACGUGUCAUAACAUGGUUGAAAGGUUGAGGCUGAGCUGGAUUGUGAUCGAUCCCGCCGCGAAGCGAGCGGUGAACGUGGCGAGCCGGAGAGCGGUGUCGGUGCGGCGGCACUGGCUGACCGGUGAGGUGGAGGCGAGGUUUCCGAUGGUUGUGUCGGGCGGAGAGAGAGGGACGGCGGCGGAAGCGGCCGUGUGCGGCGCGGUGGUAACCUGGGGAGUGAGUGACGGAGGGGAGAUGAACGUGAGAGAGGUGAGUCUGCAAAUUGAAGACAUGGAUGGGACGCACUUGAACGGUAGGGAUAGUUUGGUAAUUUUAAAGAGGGCGCUGGAGGGUAAAAGGGUAAAAGCGAACGUUGAAGAAGAAGAGAAAAGUUACGAAGAGUUUAUGAAGGAGAAGGAAGAAAGGAAAGAGAGAAAGGCGAGAGUUGAGGGAAGGUUGGAUAUGCUUUGCGUGGGUCUAGCGACGUUAGCGUUUGCGGGGCUUUUUGGUCUUUUUGUCUUCUGGAGAUGGCACUGAAAUACACUUGAACGAAACGACGAACGUUCUUUCUGUCGUUUAACAUUUUACGGAGCAAAUCGAUGUGUGUGAAAUUGUGAAUGAAAGAGGGAAACAUACAUUUGUGGAUUAGUGAGAGAUUUUACAUUAUUACACGGAUCAAAGUAUCUGUUGUUGUUAUACUGAAUUAAUAUUUACUAGUAAAGAUAGCAAUGUAUAAUUAAAUGUGUAAUAUGUAACUUGAAACUUGUAGUAAUAGAACUCAAUUAAUCAUGUUCA